AUCAUAUAGACCCAAACCACAGCAGAACAAGGUUUAAUGAAGAUUAAAGCCUGUGAAUAAAAAAAGGAUUACAUUCAUACUCCUUUCAUUCUUGUGUUAGCUGGCUUCAGUUCCAACCAGGCGGACCUACAGUGUCUUGCAAAUGACACUUGGGAAUCAGGUACAGGUAAGAAGCACUCCACAGCACCCUACAAACCCUGGAUGAAUGACAGUAGUCAAGGAGGCCUUUGGGCUCUGCAGGGUCAGGAUGUAGAGCAAGAACAGCUGAGAAUAAAGAUGGUGGAAGGAUUUAAUGCCAACUCUGAGGCUCAGUCUCACAACCCGUGUGCCCGCUGCUCAGCUGCAGCAAGUGAGGUCUGGGUGUGUGCAGAGCAUGCCACGCACCAUGUCCUGAAGGCAACGGAGCACCCAGAGAGCAGCCCAGGGAGGAGAGGGAAAAGAGAAGCAGGCAAACACCUGGUGCCUGCAUGUCCUCGGGGAACAGCUUCGAGUCAGGCCGCACUUCCAGUCACUGCCACGAAGGCCUCACCUCUGCCCUUGCCCUCAUGGGGGCCGCAUUGCCUGCUGGGAGCUGUAGUCCCCGCCCUGGUGGGGAGGGGCGAGGCAGCACCGGCAGGAACUACGACUCCCAGGAUGCCUUGCGGCAGCGCCAGCUGCUGCCAUGACAGCUCCGUCUCCAGGCAAAGGCUCUGCUUAGUGCAUUGGGGGUGCGGUGAGUCAGGCUGCUGCCUGACUGCUUGCUUUCUGGAAAGAAACCAAAACAGUGCAAUCACAUUGGAUGCUACUAUUUGUUUCUACCUGUGUGUUUACAAAAAAAAAACCCAAACCGAAACAACAACAACAAAAUCCCACAAAAAACUCCACCAAAAACGCAUCAAACUGAAGCUAGGAGGUGGAUGUCUGUGAUGACUGAGACCCGGGGCAGUGGAAGCAUCGAGAAGGAUGUUGUCAGAAAUCAGAGAUGUGCUUAAGGAGAUGAUGGGAUGUGCAUGUGUGGCAGGAGUGCCCUGAGCCACGUGUGCUGCUCUGAGCUCAAACCACUUGUGAGGCGCUGAGUAAGUGCCAUGUUCUGGGUGCUGCAUUUUGCAUUACUCUGUCUACUUGCAGGAUUGUAGCAGAGUGCUGACCUGCUUAAAGCAUCCAACUCAGAUCUUGCAGGAGAGUUCUAACAGCUAAAUAUGAAUGUGUUAGUAACCUCCAGCUGCCAUCCCGGCAGUGACAUUUUGGAUUUAAGAAGAACAGGUACUCCCACAGUGUUUUUGUUGUGCCAUGGGCCAUCUCCCCUUUGUGCAGGAGCUGUCAGUGGUUGAAGAGAGCAAGUGGUGAGUUAUAAAUGUGCUGAAGACAGACUGGAAUCCAGUAUGAGUUUAGCACUUGCUGCCUUACAAGCUUCUGCACCUGCAUUAAUCAUGGCUAAUAGGGGGUCAGAACUGAUAAGGUGCUGCACACUUGCAUUGAGACUGGAAGCUGCUUCCUUUGAAAUUGAUUUUUUUUUUCAGCAAAAAUAGGGAUUUGGACAAAUUGUACCACUGGAACAGCAUCUUGACAACUGCAGGACUUGCUGCUGCUCUUCUGGAAAAUCACAAAUGAUUUGACUUGGUUUGUACUAACUGUUUACUCAUUUUCCCAUGUGGAAGGAGGCAAGAAGUCUCUGAGCAGAAAUGUGUCCUCAGCAAGCUGGGUUUACAGAAGAGUUCUCAUGAUAGCAAGAGGUAACUGAGUAAAUAAGUUUCCCAGGAAAGGAUGCCUUCAUUCUUGUGUGGGAGUAGGGGAGGGAUCUCCUUGUGGCAAUAACAGGCUAUAUCAGAUCCCACUGCUGUACUUCUUUGAGAAUAGGAACAAUGCUGACAGCAAUUUACAAGCAUGAAAAAAAGACUCAGGAAGGCGUAAGUGAAACAUGGCUAUAAGUUUCCAACCUGCCACUCAUUCCCAUCUUCAUCACCACACAAAACACCGGCGCGCUUCACCAGUGCAGAAACAUACAGUGCUACGCUCGUGUGGGAAAAGCUGAGAGUGUAGGAGGAGCAAUGGAAGUCCCAGGAAGAGAAGAAUGACGGGAAAUAGUGCAGAGGCUUGUCUUGUUGGGUCAUCAGCCCUCUGGUGCCAAGUUCCCAAGCAGCAGCUCCUGAAAGAAGAUGCCCUGUGAUGCUCACAGCCCCAUGGGGUGGCCAGCAGGGAAGGAGGUGCAAACCGUGUCAGCCUUGUCAGCACAGGCAGGAAUGUGUACUUUCAAGAAUCCUCUGCCAUGAUGAAUUAGUACAUGGAAAAGUGAGGUUAUUUACCAAAUCUGGGAUCUUGCUAUUCAACCAUUUCCUUUCUCUGUGUUCCAGAUAGGUCAUGUUAAAAGCCAGCAAUAUCACUGCUCUACAGAGUGUUUCUAACUGGAAUUUGCUGUUCUUUUCUUAGAGGAAGGGAUCCAGCGCUUUCCAUUCAACAAAGGGCCAGUGACAACUUGGCCUGCUGUUUUGCAGUCAAGACAGCAGCAGGAAACCACAACAGCUGCAGGAAGUACAGCCCCAGUGGCUGACCAGCUCCUGCCAACGGAGCGCUCUUGCCCAAGAAGAGAGCUCCUCGGCAUUGCCAGCAGGUAGACAGAGCACCAAGGCUCUUCUGCCUUUGCCCAGCUGGCUCCCCAAGAAGCACUUGUCUGUCCUCAAAAGAACCACAGGACUGACUCAACUAAAUGUCACUGAUUUUUCCAAAGCCAAAAUCCUUCCACCUCCUGAGCACUUCCCGGCUGGAGGCAGCAAGAAGGGAAGACCUCAUAGGUCUGAUCGUGCAGUGCCAGAGUGAGAGGGUGACCCGAUCUGACUGCACCAGAGUCAUCUUAAUUUCUCCUCUGGUCAGCUUAAAAUAACGCAGUUGGGUGUUCUUUCUGUUUCUUUCUUCAAAUUUGGAUCAAGUAGGUGCGUUUUUCCUUAGCUUAUGAUGAAAGCACAGAAGGGAUGCGUGCGGUUGCCUGGGUCACCAUGGUUGCUGGAUGGGAAGGCCUGGCCUACAGCUUGUGGCCAGAGCUGGUGCUCUGCUGUCUGUGCUGCACUCGCAGAUUGAGCUCUGGGCCUUCCCUGGAGAAGAUAACACUGUGAGAUCACGUCAGAACCAGCACUGUGCUGUGUAUGUGACCUGGAUGCACCUUAGACUGAGCGGGCUGAACAGGGUUAGUUUAUUUCCCUGAUCAAGCCAGGAGAAGACCUCCAGUCCAAGAAAGAGUGAAGGCAGCUCUUUCCAGGAAUGGCAGAAGUCCCCAUGGAGAGAUCUCUGAGAACCUGAGCUUGUUCUAGGAAUUUCUCCAGCAUGGCCAACCAGGGAGAUGGUUCCUAUUCCCGUUUCCACUCCGCACCUCGCAAGAUUCGAUUGAAUCAUGAUGAGACAUGGGGAAAAUGGAAAGCCUUCGAAGCUGACAGGAGGGGCAUCCCAGUGAAGCGCAGCCUCGCUGAAAGACUGGGGAAGAAGGGGGAGGUUGACAAAGCACCAAAGAGUGGUACAGGUGCUCAGUGGACAUCAGGAGACAUCCGAGUGAAAACACUGGAGGAAAUCCGUCAGGAGAAAGCUGAUCGACAGGGCAGAACUCCAGCUCAGCUCCGAGCUGCAGGGCAGUGUAAAACUGAAGGGCGCAGCUCAGAGGCAGGGCCUUCCCUGGCAGUCUACAGGGCUGAAAACAAGACACAGAGCACACUUCCUCUGUCUGUGUCUGCCAAAGUGAAGUUGGAAGAGCCAGCAGAAAAAAUCAAGGCCCUCGAAGAAAUCCAUAUUAAAACCUUGGAAGAAAUCAAGAGGGAGAAGGCUCUGCGGCUGCAGCAGAGGGAAGAAAGCGUGUCAGCUCCUCCAGCACCACCUGCACCUGCCCCAGCACGGAGGAAAUUAAUACAGACCCCAAAGCUAAUAGCACCCGGAAAAGAAGAAAAGAAAAAUGUGGAAUUGAGCACAUCUGUUCCAGAAGCUGUCUGUGCUCCUGCACGGAAGCAUAAAGGAGCUGAGAUGUGUCGCUGCACUGUGCGUCCCAGCAGCACUGAUGCCACGGAGGAGCCUGCAGCUAAAACUGCGGCUGUGUCAGAGGACUCGAGCACUGCUUCAGCUUCUCUACAAACAGCAGCAAAGACACAAGAGCUGUGCUGCACUGGGGCAGGGACAGCGCCCUUCUCUGCAGAGGAUGACUUGGAGAAGCUAAUGCUGGACAUCGCAGGCGGAGAACUGGAAGGAGCAAUGGACUUGGAGCCAGGGAAGGAUGUGGAUGAGCUCCUUCAGGAACUCUCUGACCUGAUUGACAGCAUAACUGAAUAGUCUUAUGCUAUAUUAAGAAGAAAAAAUUAAUAAAAUGUUU